AUGGCUGAUGACAGUGCUGAGAGUGUGUCUUCUUGCCCAUCUACAGACGAACAUGUAGAGCCAGGCACCGUGCCAACUUGGUUCCAGCAGGGAAGGUAUGCGUUUGCUCGUGAUGGCUCCAAGAAAAAGCCGAUUGAACUCGACGAGUCAGAUCUUCGUGAGCGAUUUAUCCGUGGAUCAGGCCCGGGUGGCCAAGCUAUUAACAAGUUAUCUACCAAUGUCGAGCUCACACACCUACCUACCGGUACACGUAUUACAUGUCAGGCUACACGUAGCCGCGCACAGAAUCGAGAGAUUGCGCGGCGGCAAAUGAGCCAGCGUUUGGAAUGGCUUAUCAAAAAAGCAUGGGCGCCUUCUAGUACCAAGUCAACCUCUCGUGCACUAGCGCCUAGUGUCGUGCAAUCCAAAUGGGAUAAGGAGCGGAAAAAGAAACAAAACAAACGUAAGAAGCAAAAGCGACGCGCACACCAAGAGGAGGCGCCCUCCACGCCUUCGUCUUGA